AUGAAGGGCUUCACUGCUUUUGCCAUCCUUGGUCUAGCAGUCACUGCUUGGGCUACCUCGCCAUAUGGCAAGUCAGGGUUUCUUUCCAAUAGUCACGUGUUUAUGUUAACUGUGAACUGUUCCAGAUACAUUAAAGGCUUAAAGACUGCAUGCCCAAGAGACUGGAGACCAAUAUGUGGCACAGAUCAGAAAACUUACAGUAAUGAAUGCAUGUUUUGCAUGCAAAACCAGUAAGUAGAUCAAGAAUUUCAACUCAGAAAACUUCAUGAAGGUAAAUGUCAGAUUCGGUGUACCAGGUAUUCUGAGGCAUGUACCAUGGACUACACACCUCACUGUGGAUCUGAUGGAAAUGUAUACUCCAACAGAUGUACCUUUUGCAAUGCUGUUGUGAAGAGCCAAGGUGCAAUUUGGUUGAAAAAUUAUGGAUUGUGCUGA